AAAAAUAUUUUGCCAAUAAAUUAAUAUAUUAAUCAUCCCCAUGGUUUCUCUCACUCUAUCCGAACCUCUCGUUCUCCACUCCGGCCAUCCAAAACCGAUUCGCGGCCAAAAUGUGUACAAAGAAUCCUCCGCCAUCGCCGCCGCCGUCUCAGCCGGUGGAUCAGGACGCUGCGCUUAAGGCAGUCGGAUUCGAGCUGGAACACGAAUCUGCUCAGAGAGUGAGCGGCCGCAUCCUCGUUUCCCCAAUCUGCUGCCAGGAAAACUGAAGCCGUAUAAUAUGUUGCACGGAGGAGUAUCGGCAUUGAUUGCGGAGGCUUUGGCGAGCAAGGGGGCUCAUGUGGCGUCGGGUUACCGGAAAGUGGUCGGAAUACAACUCAGUAUUAAUCAUUUAAAGAGCGCCGAGAUGGGCGCCGUCGUGCUUGCCGAAGCUACUCCGGUCACCGUCGGCAGAACCAUUCAGGUAUGGGAUGUGCAAUUGUGGAAGGAUUUGAAAGAGAGGAAAGUAGUUGUGUCCACUGCAAGGGUGACUCUUCUAUGCAAUUCUUAUGUCCCAAAAGACCCAAAUCCCCAAAAUGCCCCUAACACCCACCAAAGGCUUGCAAAGUUGUGAUAAUUGCAAGCCUCUUGAGGGCAUUAGAGAGAUUAUUUUUGUAAUUGAACUUUGGGAAUUAAAAGAAUUUGAUGAGCCAAAA